AUGGAUUCCCUAGUGAAUGGGAACCACACUGCAGUGACAGGGUUCAUUUUAUUGGGCUUAACAGAAGAUCCUACCCUUCGGGUUGUCCUCUUCAUGGUCAUCCUAUGCAUCUAUCUGGUGACCAUAUGUGGCAAUCUCAGCACAAUCAUUCUGAUCAGAAUCUCUUCUCAGCUCCAUCAUCCUAUGUAUUUUUUCCUGAGCCACUUGGCUUUGACUGACAUAGGCUUUUCAUCCUCUGUCACACCCAAUAUGCUUAUAAACUUCCUGGUGGAGACAAAUACAAUCUCCUACACUGGCUGUGCGAUCCAACUUGGAUCAGCUGCUUUCUUUGGAACAGUUGAUUGCUGUCUUCUGGCUGCCAUGGCCUAUGAUCGCUUUGUAGCAAUCUGCAACCCACUGCUUUAUUCAGCUAAAAUGUCCAUGCAAUUCUGUGACCACUUAUUCUCUGUGGCUUAUGUAGGCAGUUUUCUCAAUGCUUGCUCUAUUACGAUUUCAUUCUUCUCUUUAUUCUUCUGUGGACCAAAUCGAAUCAAUCAUUUUUUCUGUGAUUUUGCUCCUUUAGUUAAACUUUCUUGUUCUGAUGUCAGUAUCGCUGCAGUGGUCCCCUCAUUUUCUGCUGGCUCCAUCUUUGUGGUCACAUUGUUUGUCAUAGCCAUCUCCUACGUCUACAUCCUCAUCACCAUCCUGAAGAUACACUCCACUCAGGCGCCCACAAGGCCUUCUCCACCUGCACCUCCCACCUCACUGCAGUCGCUCUGUUCUUUGGGACCGUUACAUUCAUUUAUGUGA